UCGGCUCGGCUCGGCUCUCUGCUCGCAAUGGCGCUGCGGGCUGCCCACCUCCUCUCCGCGGCUUUGUUAGUGCUCUGCAGCGGACCACAGCUCGUUUUCAGCUGUCCGAGUCGCUGUUUAUGUUUCCGAACCACCGUGAGAUGUAUGCAUCUAAACCUGGAAACCGUACCAGCAGUUUCUCCUCAGACUACCAUCCUAGAUCUGAGGUUCAACAAAAUCAAGGAUUUACAACCGGGUUCCUUCAGACGAUUAAAGAACCUUAACACACUUCUUCUUAACAACAAUCAUAUACGAAGGAUCCCCAGGGGGGCAUUUGAAGACUUGGAAAACCUCAAAUAUCUCUAUUUGUACAAGAAUGAAAUCCAAUCAAUUGACAGACAAGCAUUUAAGGGGCUUGUCUCUCUUGAACAACUGUACCUUCACUUCAACAACAUUGAAUCUUUGGAACCAGAGUCGUUCACUCAACUACCAAAACUGGAGCGACUAUUUUUACACAACAACAGAAUCACCCAGCUUGUCCCCGGAACCUUCUCUCAUCUUCAGGCCAUGAAACGACUGCGUCUGGACUCAAACGCGUUAAACUGUGACUGUGAGCUGCUGUGGCUGGCUGACCUGCUGAAGCAGUACGCCGAGUCAGGGAACGCUCAGGCUGCUGCCACCUGCGACUACCCAAGCCGUCUGCAGGGAAGAUCUGUGGCAACACUGACCGCUGAGGAGCUCAACUGUGAGGUACCCAGGAUCACCUCAGAACCCCAGGAUGUGGAUGUUACAUCAGGAAACACCGUCUACUUCACCUGCAGAGCCGAAGGCAAUCCUAAACCACAGAUCAUCUGGCUGAGGAACAACAAUGCUCUAAAUAUGCGAGAUGACAGUCGUCUCAACCUGCUGGAGGAUGGGACUCUGAUGAUCCAGGACACCAGGGAGACAGACCAGGGUGUCUAUCAGUGCAUGGCCAAAAAUGUGGCUGGAGAGGUCAAGACUUCACAAGUCACUCUGCGAUAUUUUGGAGCUCCCUCUCGGCCAAGUUUUGUGAUUCAGCCACAGAACACCGAGGUGCUGGUGGGGGAGAGUGUGACCCUUGAAUGCAGCGCUACGGGCCAACCUCAGCCUCGGGUUUCCUGGACGAAAGGUGAUAGGACCCCCCUGCCGAACGACGCCCGUAUCAACAUCACCCCCUCUGGAGGACUUUACAUCCAGAACGUGGUCCAGGCUGAUGGAGGACAGUACACAUGCUUUGCCUCCAAUAAUGUUGAUACCAUACAUGCUACUGCUUUUAUCAUUGUACAAGCUAUUCCCCAGCUCACUGUCACCCCACAGGACCAGUCAGUCCUGGAGGGCCACACAGUGGACUUCCCCUGUGAGGCCACUGGUUACCCCCAGCCUGUGAUUGCCUGGACACGAGGGGGCAGUCCAUUACCCCUCGACCGCCGCCAUGUGGUCCUUUCUUCUGGUACUCUCCGUAUCACCCGAGUGGCUGCCCAUGAUGAGGGCCAGUAUGAGUGCCAGGCGGUCAGCCCUGUGGGGACUGUACGCGCCGCUGUCCAGCUCAGCAUCCAGCAGAGAGUAACGCCUGUUUUCACAAAUGCUCCAAGGGACCUGACGGUGGAGUCUGGCCAGGACGUCCAGAUUCCCUGCAGCGCUCAGGGCCAGCCUCAGCCCGUCCUCACCUGGAACAAGGAUGGUGUGCAGGUGACAGAGAGCGGGAAGUUCCACAUCAGUCCCGAGGGUUACCUGGAGGUGAAGGAUGUGGGCACAGCUGAUGCUGGACGCUAUGAGUGCAUUGCUCGCAACCCCAUCGGCUACCAGGUUGCAAGUAUGGUGCUAACUGUCACAGUUCCUGCAGUCAGCAGAGAGGGAGACACUUUUGUGAGCUCGUCCAUAGAGCAGGCCAUCCGUAAUGUGGACAGCGCCAUAGAGUCAACGAGGAGACGACUCUUUGAUGGUCAGCCUCGUACCCCUGGAGAGCUCCUCGCUCUUUUCCGGUAUCCUCGGGAUCCCUACACAGUGGAGCAGGCUCGAGCAGGAGAGAUUUUCGAACAGACGCUUCUGCUCAUCCAGAACCAUGUCAACCAGGGUCUCAUGGUCGACACCAACGGGACAGCAUUUCGCUACAAUGACCUUGUGUCCCCUCACUUCCUGGAUGUGAUUGCCAACCUGUCCGGAUGCACAGCCCAUCGUCGCUUCAACAACUGCUCUGACAUCUGCUUCCAUCAGAAGUACCGCAGCCACGAUGGGACCUGUAACAACCUGCAGCACCCAAUGUGGGGUGCCUCGCUCACCGCCUUCGAACGACUCCUGAAGUCAGUCUACGAUAACGGCUUUAACCUGCCGAGAGGAGCUACUGAUCGGCUGCAUAAUGGAUACAGGCUACCUCUACCCAGACUGGUGUCCACCACCAUGAUCGGCACCGAGACCAUCACUCCUGACGACCGCUACACUCACAUGCUGAUGCAGUGGGGUCAGUUCCUCGAUCACGACUUGGACUCCACUGUGGCAGCCCUCAGCCAGUCUCGCUUCUCCGACGGCCAGCUGUGCACUCAAGUCUGCACCAACGACCCACCAUGCUUCCCAAUCCAGUUUCCGCCCAAUGACCCUCGGCAGCUGCGAAGUGGCGCUCGCUGCAUGUUCUUUGUCCGGUCCAGCCCUGUGUGCGGCAGCGGGAUGACUUCUCUUCUCAUGAACAGUGUAUAUCCAAGAGAGCAGAUCAACCAGCUGACAUCAUACAUCGAUGCUUCAAACGUAUACGGCAGCUCAAGGCAUGAGUCUGAGGAAAUCCGUGACUUAGCCAGCCAGAGGGGUCUGCUGCGACAAGGCAUCAUCCAGCGAACAGGGAAACCUCUUCUGCCAUUUGCUACUGGACCACCCACUGAGUGCAUGAGGGAUGAAAAUGAAAGUCCCAUCCCAUGUUUCUUAGCUGGAGAUCACCGUGCCAAUGAGCAGCUUGGUCUGACUGCCAUGCACACAGUGUGGUUCAGGGAACACAACCGCAUCGCUACAGAGCUGCUGAGACUGAACCCACACUGGGACGGGGAUACCAUCUACCACGAGGCCAGAAAGAUAGUGGGGGCCCAGAUGCAGCACAUCACCUACAGUCACUGGCUGCCAAAGAUCCUGGGUGAAGCAGGCGUGAAGAUGAUGGGCACAUACGCGGGUUACAACCCAAAUGUCAACGCCGGCAUCCUCAGUGCUUUCGCCACCGCAGCUUUCCGCUUCGGACACACCCUCAUCAACCCAAUCCUGUACAGGUUAGACGAGGACUUCCAGCCCAUCCCUCAGGGACACAUCUCUCUGCACCGCGCCUUCUUCUCUCCGUUCCGUAUCGUGAACGAGGGCGGCAUUGACCCGCUCCUCCGCGGGCUCUUUGGUGUCGCUGGUAAAAUGCGUGUUUCCACACAGCUGCUGAACACCGAGCUGACAGAGAGGUUGUUCUCCAUGGCCCACGCUGUGGCUCUGGACCUGGCUGCUAUGAAUAUCCAGAGAGGGAGGGAUCAUGGGAUACCACCUUACAACGAUUACAGGACCUUCUGUAACCUGUCUUCAGCUCACACCUUUGAUGACCUAAGGAAUGAAAUUAAGAACCCAGAUGUCAGAGACAAACUACAGAGGUUGUAUGGAACUCCUCUGAACAUUGACCUGUUCCCUGCACUGAUGGUUGAAGACCUGGUGCCUGGCAGCAGACUGGGGCCAACCCUCAUGUGUUUGCUGGCAGCUCAGUUUAGACGUCUGAGGGAUGGAGACAGGUUCUGGUAUGAAAAUCCAGGUGUGUUCACUCCUGCCCAGCUGACCCAGUUGAAGCAGGCCUCUCUGGCAAGGGUUCUGUGUGACAACGGUGACAAUGUCACCCGCAUCCAGCAAGAUGUCUUCACCGUGGCAGAGCUGCCUCAUGGCUACGGCAGCUGUGAGGAUAUCCCUCAGAUUGACCUGAGAAUGUGGCAGGACUGCUGUGAAGACUGCAGAACUAAGGGUCAAUUCAACGCCUUGUCCUACCACUUCAGAGGACGCAGAUCAGCUGAGCACAGCUUCAAAGAGGACAGAGCAGACAGCGUUCAGGAGAAUAGCCCAGUAGAGGAGGCUACAAAGAGUCCUGCAAAUGUUACUGUGACCUCAAGAAAAAGCACUGAACCCUCAAUCAGCGACUUCCAAGACUUUGUGUCCGACAUGCAGAAGACCAUCACAAGUUUACGAAAGCAGAUUAAAAGACUGGAGGCCCGUCUGAGUAAGACUGACUGCACUGACAGUGAGGGACGAGAGCGGACAGAUGGAGAGCGGUGGAAAAAAGACUCCUGCACCACAUGUGAAUGCAGAGACGCUCAGGUGACUUGUUUUGUGGAGUCCUGUCAACCAGCGGAUUGUAAACGGCCCGUCAAGCUUAAAGGUUCCUGCUGCCCGGUUUGCCUCCAACAUGCACAUGCUGCAAAGGAACAAAAAACAGAAACCCGCCAUGGAUAACCCUCAGGAUCCCAGACAAACACGUUGGCUGAUCGACAACCACACUCAGACAUCCAGAGAGGAUGAGACUCAUGAAGGUGUGCUCAUCCACAGCCACCGACAGCCUCCACAGACACAGCAGCCUCACUUCUUGUUUUGUUUUGUAUUUUCUGCGUUGAUCAGGGGAGGGGGGGGGUUAUUUUCUUGUUGGAUCGUUGCCUGAAGGCCUGGUUUGAUCGUCAAACAGCUGCCAAUCACUAAGUGGAUUUCUGUCUGAACCAUGGGGUUGGACUGACUCAUGACCACGCAGACUUUAAACAAGAGGAACGAACCUCUGCGUUCUCCGAGUCGAGGCUCCUGAAGUCAAACAGCCACCUUGUUCGCUCUCCUGCGACUUACACUUGGUGACGAAUGUGGGGCCACACGCCGUCAACAAGCAGGAAAGGGAAGUAUACUGACAGGCGGCAGCCAUUUUGUUGUCUCACAAAAUUCUCAGGUUAGAGAUGCCGAAAACUGGUGCUAUUUUCCCCUUUUUAUUCUGAAUUAAUCACUAAAUACAAACCUUUAAAGUAUUGUCUUUUGUAUGCAAAGCAACCUAUAUACACUCAGUAUAUGCCUUUAUGAUAAAUCACAACUGAGAGGAUGGUUUCCUUCAAAGAAAAGACUUCAUGAAUAGAUUUACUUCAUCUUUUAAUCCAAGGUGCUUAAUGUCAUGUUAUGAAAAUGUAUUUUGUUUUUUUUUUCAUCCCUUUUUGUAUAAAAAUGCUUACAUAUGAAGAUAAUGUGAAGCCCUACAAAAAUGUUUGUAAUGCAAAAGAGAUGUCUACUGAUUACCGCUCCUCUCUCCACGGACGACUCUUCAGUUCACUCAUGUUUCGUCUCUGCUGGCUUGUCCUGAACUUGAGUGAGGCGGAGCUGUGCAGCGCUCCCCGUUGCAGGACACUCAAACCAGCUCUUGCACUGUGUGUGCUCCUUUUCCACAUUUCAUUUUGCUUUCAGAAAGCAGUGAAAGAAAGAAUCAUUGAAUUUACCACUGUAAUGUUGCAAACUUUGACCCCUAUUUUCCUCAGUCUUGUAAAGCCAAAUGUAUGAUUAAGGUCCUUCAAAAAUCUUUUGUUUUCUUUGAAACUGUGUAUAAAUGUUGUAAUGAGGUCAAGAUUAUACGGUGGCCUAUAAGGUCAACUGCAAAAACAUUUCCUUUUGUGAGAAAACAUUUUAUGAAACACAAUUAGUGAAACAUAAAAAAAAAUGUUUCACAAAAUGUUGUUACUAAAUAUUUUUGUUUGAUGAAAUGAUCUUUGCAAAUGUUUUUGCAUUUCUUGUUUUAUUUCAUCAAAGGAUUCAGCAUUACUAAAAGGUGACAUAUUAUGCAAAAAUUACUUUUUCAGGCUUUUCUAACAAAAAUAUGUGCCCCUAGUCUGUCCUCAAUCCCCUCAAGUACCAGGAAAACCCAUUCCCUCCCCCCUCUCAUUCUCCACCUUCCAUAAAAUGUAUGCUGAAACUCAUGAUGUCAUGUGGUGAGUUAGCCCCGCCCCAGGUUCAGUUGACCCUUCCCUCUUGGAAGACAGUUCGGCCGUCCGUUUGCCGCAUCCACUUCCUGAGAGGGGCGGAGUCAGACAGCUCAUUAACAUUUAAAGCCACAGACACAGAAACAGCUCAUUCUGAGCAGGGCUGAAACAGAGGGGUUUUUAGACAUGCAAAAAUCCAGUACUGGAGGGUUUUUUUCUUCUGCAACAAACUUCACAGACAUGUUUUGGGGACCGCUGAGACCAAUAUAAAGUUGUCUUAAAAGGGUAAAAUAUGUCCCCUUUAAUAUCUUUCUGUUUCUUGAAAUUGUUUUGGUAUCAGGACUUUUUUUUUUUUUUUGUUUUUCUUCUUUCACAAAAUGUUUUGUUUUCCCCCUAAGUGUUUUCAAGCUUCAUGUUUUGGCAUUUAAUGAAAUGUGUUUCAUAUCACAAAAAGUUUUUUUUCCUCCAUGACAAAUUUUCAAUUUCUGAAAUGUUGUUUGUGUUUCAUUAACUGUUUUGGGGCUCAUGGGAUGUUUUAAAUUUUUUUGCAUUUCAUGAUUUUUUUGUAUUUGAUGAAAUGUUUUUUGCAUUUCAUGAUUUUUUUCAUCUAAUGAAAUGUUUUUUUUGCAUUUCAUAAAAUAUUUGUUUUGCAUUU